CUCCACUGCCAGUUCACCGCGCGGCAGCAUUGCUAAUUUGUAUCACCGCUCGGUAGUAACCCGUCCGGCUCAUACCUCCACUCCGUCAAUUCCUCCGUCGAUUCUACCAGCGACUCGGCUCGGAGCAUCAAUUCACACUUCAGCUAUCGAUCCACUAGCGUGGGCAAUCUCGCCAAGCUGGACUCCAACGUGACCCCUCCGGACACGGCGGAUUUCCUCGCUCCCAUCAGUUUUGAUGACUUCCACAACAGCAUCAUGGAGGAGCCCGGUCUCAACCGCUUCCCGAUCCCGAGCAACGGACAGACUGGCGUUGACAACGACACAUCCCCAAUUUUCCACGCGACGAACCCUUGGGCGAACAGCGUCGCUCAAAAUGGCACAUCUGCUAGGGCAAGAAGCGGCUCCGUCCGACGGAAAAGCGAGGUUCCCCGUCCUGUCGGCCAGCACGGCACCCCAGGAUCUGUACCGCCUCACCUCACGUCGACUGCGUCAACCACGAUUUCAACCUCUCGAAACCGUCGGCAAAGCUUGGCUCAGACUCCCUCCACCAGUGCAGCACCUACGUCCAGAGCACCGCGGAAAUCAAUCGGCCCCGGCUCAUUGCCAUUGAACGGCCCGUCCUCCAUUGUGUCUAGCCGACGACCCAGCUUUACUGUGCGCAAAGCGAGUGCCGAUGUGUCGGCCCACUCCCUGCCCCGAUCGCAAACGCAGAACCUCGAUCCGAAUCACGGAGACGAGAUAAACUUCUCCCGGAAUUUGCGAAGUCUUAAGACCAAGUCAAUGCAACCGCUCUCAAGGGAGCCACGGGACAACUUCCUUUCCGCAUUGGAUGUGGACGGCCAUCACGCGGUACGUACGCCAGUGAAGAGCCACCCGGCAGAUGCAACAACCCCUUCAUCUACCAAAAGGGUGUCGGUUAUGCCGCCACAUGCACAUGGCCUGGGGGCACGGACAAUCAGUCCGACGGAUGCCAGACGAUUCAAGCGUCUGUCUACGGCGCCAACAGCGCCGCCUUUACCCCAUACGCCUCCCACCCAGACGGCGGAGCCCGCCCCAGUUCGCCCCCGGUCGUCCGCCCAAUCUCCUUCUUAUAUCCCGCGGAAGAGCGUCACUCCUUCUUCGUCUCGGACAACUCCCGACCCGAACCGCAAGUCUUAUAGUUCAGGGCUGUCGGUCUCAUCCAGCACAAGUUACAAUUCGCUGCGCAAUUCUAGCAGCUCCUUACAACCAAGGCUGUCUCAGAACUUGUCCACUUCGAGGCUGCCCACCCCCAAGCCUCGUUCAGAACAACACGGUGGGGGAUCAAAUCAGGAAGAAGUUCCGCCAGUCCCGGCAAUUCCCAAGGCAUACGAGUCCCCAAAGGGUGACGUUGAACCUCCGCCCCCACAGGUUAUUCCUCGAAAGUCCAGUUUACCACUUGAUGUUGGGUUCCUGAAAACCACGCGAGACUCGGAUUCGGAUGCCAACACGGCUUUGAGUUCGAUUGGUGAUGAGCUGGCGAACAUAUCAAGCGGAGGCGAUCUGAAGACCCCUGAAGCGAAGUCGAAACCUCCAGCAGCGACGGUUCUGAAGAAGCAUCUGCAGCCACUCAAACUACCACCUCUCAAUCUAUUGCCCCUGAGUACACCCAUGACAAACAAGAUCGAAGCCCUCAAAGAUCGUGACCACCACCAUGACUUGAAAUCGUAUACGCCAUCCGCGCAGUUUCUCUCAAAGACCCCUAGCACUCCAAUGACUGCUUCCAAAGCGAACUUUUGGUCUACGAGUGAUGAUGAUGACCCAAUUCCCUUCGCCCAGAUAAGAAGCAGUACCUCUCAUUUUGGCAUUAGCACCUCGGCUGCCCUCCGGACGGCAAGCAGCUCCAGUGCCCUCGCCUCCUUUGAGCAAUCCAACCUAGGGCGCACCAUGUCGCCAUAUAUCUCCUACACUUUGCCGAAAAGCAAUAGCGACUACCACUUCCUGCAGCAGAAGGUUAGCGGUGAUUAUAGCCAGAAACAUCUGCAGCCAUCACGGUUGACGGGACCGCGCCCUCAGACCGAAACGUCCGCCUUCUCUUCACCCGCGACCGAAACCCCAAGUCAAAUCUCCACCCCGUCAGAACCCGACACAAGUAUGGGCACUGGGUCUUCAGCUCUCCGGAGCAAACUGAACUUGGCACGACAGCAGAGCAAUCCCCAAAGCCAGCCAGAAGCAAGCUCGACUGUGGCUUCAAAGUACGAAAGCAUGCCACCCCCCAAAUUACCAGCUUCCGCUACCUGGAACAGCCUAUCUACAGUCAAGUCUAUCAGCCCGACUCUGAAACCGACGUAUCUGAAGUCUCGACGGCAAUCGUCGAUAUCCGGCGCCACAAACGCGGCCGUACGGAAGCCGAGUUUCAGCGGUGACCAGAAUCCUACAUUGCACCCUAGCCCGGCACAUGAAUCCAAGGCAGCCGAGCCUGCGCCUCGUCUUUCUGGGUCUCUGCUCUCUCCCGUUCACAAGAUCAUCAGUUCCGCAAAAUCCAGUGCUGCAGCUAGUAAAUUACGGUCUACAGAUUCAAACGCGGAGCCUGACGAGAUUGUUGCCGACGAAGAGAUGAGGAGGCUGGCUAGCAAACGAAAGGAGUUCGAGGUCGCUGCAAAGGGGCUGGACGAGCUCCGCCGCAAGGCUGUCCCGAAGGACUGUGUCACUCCUGCACAGGCACUCAAGAUGGCGCACCUAAAUAUCUUUGAACGUGGAGAGAUCAUUGAUUUCAAAGACAUAUACUUCUGUGGGACUCAAAAUGCCAAGAAGCAUGUCGGAGACCUACACUCCCAGUCAUACAAUUUCGGCUAUGAUGAUGAGCGUGGUGAUUACAAUAUCGUGAUCGGCGACCACCUUGCCUACCGUUAUGAGGUUGUGGAUCUUCUGGGUAAAGGAAGCUUUGGUCAAGUCGUGAGAUGCAUUGACCACAAGACGGGAACCUUGGUUGCCGUGAAAAUCAUUCGGAACAAGAAGCGAUUCCACCAGCAGGCUAUAGUCGAAGUCAAUAUCCUUCAGAAACUGAAGGAAUGGGAUCCCCAUCGCCGCCACAGUGUGGUCAAUUUUACCCAGAGUUUCUACUUCCGAGGUCAUUUUUGCAUCUCGACCGAACUGCUUGGUAUGAACUUGUACGAGUUCACCAAAGCGCAUGACUUCAAGGGCUUCAACCUUAAGCUGAUUCGCCGUUUCACGAAACAAAUGCUGGGCUGUCUGACGCUUCUUCACGCCAAGAAGGUUAUUCAUUGCGAUCUCAAGCCGGAGAACAUCCUCCUAGUCCAUCCCUUGAGCUCGGAGAUCAAGGUCAUUGACUUUGGCUCGAGUUGUUUCGAAAACGAAAAGGUAUAUACAUACAUCCAAAGUCGAUUCUACCGUUCCCCUGAGGUCAUUCUGGGCAUGUCCUAUGGAAUGCCCAUCGACAUGUGGAGUUUGGGGUGUAUUCUCGCCGAGCUCUACACAGGAUACCCAAUCUUCCCCGGUGAGAACGAACAGGAGCAACUGGCUUGCAUCAUGGAAAUCUUUGGUCCUCCGGAGAAGCAUCUCAUCGAGAAGAGUACACGCAAGAAACUGUUCUUCGACUCGUUGGGCAAACCACGAUUGACGGUUUCCUCCAAGGGUCGCCGCCGCCGGCCAAGUUCCAAGGACUUGAGACAGGUGCUCAAGUGCGAUGACGAGGCUUUCCUGGAUUUCAUUGCGCGAUGUCUGCGCUGGGACCCACUGCGUCGAUUGACACCGCACGAUGCUGGGAGCCACGAAUUCCUAACAGGAAUCAAGGCCCCUGUCAGGUCAAGGACCUACACCUUUUCGACCAGUUCUCCCAGCAAACGAUACCAUGCCACGACGACCACAUCGUCUGCCUCCCGGCCUCUCCCCGAGCCCCCAGCAACGAGCCUUAAGGCCGGUUCCUUUAGAAACCGAGAUGUCUCCGGCAGCUCUCCGAGCAAGCCUACUAUUGCGAAACGCCAAACAGUGAGCGGCAUGCCUACGUCCACGCCAGCCAAGCGAGCAUCCCAUACGACUGUCUCCGGGACUGGUCUUCCCCGUGUAGCCACCAGGAGUAUCAGUGGCAAGCCUGACCUCGCUACAGCAGCGGCUGCGACGAGCUUGGUAGGUGGUCAACCCUGCUGAGGAGGGGAACACCAUACGGCAUCGGAACAGCAAUUUACUGACUGGUGCGAUAGAGGACGAAAUAAGCCGAAAAAACAGACCCUUCUCGGUUCGACACUUCAUAUUUACUUAU